AUCUGCACACCACACAAGGAAGGAGCCACACUGAGCACGGAGCCGCCCGACCUCCCUGAGCAGCGACACCCGGACACACACACCGACCCCCGUCUUAACCCAGCCGCAACCAUGAGCUGGGGCAACGAGCUGUGGGAUCAGUUUGAUAAUUUAGAGAAGCAUACGCAAUGGGGAAUAGACUUCUUGGACAAGUAUGCAAAGUUCGUGAAAGAAAGAUUAGAGAUUGAGCAGAAUUACGCAAAACAGCUUCGAAACCUGGUUAAGAAAUAUUGCCCAAAGCGCCCAGCUAAAGACGAUGAACCGAGGUUCACCUCUUGUGUAGCUUUCUUUAACAUCCUCAAUGAGUUAAAUGACUAUGCUGGACAACGCGAAGUAGUUGCAGAAGAAAUAGGACACAAAGUGUUUUCCGAGAUAAUGAGAUAUUCUUAUGAGCUAAAAGCAGAGAGAAAAUCGCAUCUUCAAGAGGGACGCAAAGCACAGCAAUACCUCGAUAUAUGCUUGAAACAAAUGGACAAUAGCAAAAGGAAAUUUGAAAGAGAAUGCAGAGAAGCCGAGAAAGCUCAGCAAACCUAUGAGCGGCUGGACAGUGACACCAAUGCCACGAAGUCAGACGUUGAAAAGGCAAAACAACAGCUAAAUCUGCGCACGCACAUGGCUGACGAAAGCAAGAACGAAUACGCCGCUCAGCUGCAGAAUUACAACGCAGAGCAACAUAAACAUUUUUACAUUGUCAUACCACAAGUUUACAAGCAUCUCCAAGAAAUGGAUGAGAGACGAACUGUAAAGCUGAGCGAAUGUUAUAAAGGGUUUGCAGACGCUGAAAGAAAAGUUAUCCCCAUUAUCUCCAAGUGCUUAGAAGGAAUGGUACACGCAGCAAAGUCUGUAGAUGAACGCAGAGAUUCCCAGAUUGUGGUGGAUUGCUUUAAAUCUGGCUUUGAGCCUCCUGGGGACUAUCCUUUUGAAGACUACAGCCAGCAUAUAUACAGGGCAGUUUCAGACGGCACCAUCAGUACCCCUAAGCAAGAAAUGAGAGUGGAUCCCAAAAUGACUGUGGGCAAGGCCAAAGGCAAACUUUGGCCAUUUGGAAAGAAACCAAAGGGUCAGGCUUCAGAAGAUUUUAGCCACCUUCCUCCUGAGCAAAGACGUAAAAAACUGCAACAAAGAAUUGACGAGCUGAAUCGAGAACUUCAAAAAGAGAUUGAUCAAAAAGAGGCUCUUAACAAAAUGAAAGAUGUCUAUGAGAAGAAUCCACAGAUGGGUGACCCUAGUAGCUUGCCGCCCAGGAUUGCAGAGACCAUGAGUAACAUUGAGAAGCUUCGUAUGGAAAUCCAUAAAAAUGAGUCCUGGUUAUCAGAAGUUGAAGGCAAAGUGGGACAAAGAUCAGAGAGACGACAUAGCGCUGACACCAACCAUCUUGCAGCACAAGGAAGAGAGAGCCCUGAAGGAAGCUACACAGAAGAUGCCAACCAAGAAGUUCGAGUCCAACCUCCGUCUCAUGCACAUUCAGAAUUUGAUGACGAAUUUGAUGAUGAUGAACCUCUGCCAGCUAUAGGACACUGCAAAGCAAUCUAUCCAUUUGACGGUAAUAACGAAGGCACAUUGGCAAUGAAAGAAGGUGAUGUUAUGUACAUUAUUGAAGAAGAUAAAGGAGAUGGAUGGACCCGAGCAAGAAAACAGAAUGGAGAGGAAGGCUACGUACCAACAUCAUACAUAGAGGUUACUCUAGAGAAAAACAGUAAAGGUUCGUGAAGAGGGUUUCUGUGAAUCUGGGCAAGAUGUUGAAGGCGGUUACAUGCAGUUUCAUUUGUGGGGAGGGGAUUAGGCCCGGGGGCAAGAGAGCAGCAACAUGCAUGAAUGCAUGAUUUCCGAAAAAUACAUUGUUCACUAACUUCCGCAAACAUUCCCUAUCAUUUGCGGCGCAUGCUCUGCGCAGCAGAAAAUGCACCCUGAUUCAACUGAUCCAUCUUUUCAUCAUUUACAUAAAAAGAAUGACAUUAAUAGUGGAAACAUACUAGUGAAUGUUAUGCUGCACUUUACUGCCUUCAAUGAAACCCCUAACAUAAUUGGCAUAUGUAGUCCUAGUAGUCUGGUUUUUUUUUUCUUUUUUUCUUUAUUAUUUUAGCCUUUUGUGUGAUGAAUACCCCCUCCCCAACCAAACCAACCUGCGUUAAUCGCUUUAUAAAUGCUGUACAUAUUCUUGCACAAGGAUCUUGCACUUUCUCCCAAAUACAACCCUUUUUAUAUAUUUUAAGAGCAAUGCUCCUGUCCUGGGAUUACAGUUUUCAGGGCCUCUUCGAUAAACAGGAGGCGGAUAAUGUAAGCAUUGUGAAGACUUCAGCAGUCCGAUAAAUCCAAAAUGUCUCCCAGUGUUUUGACUCAUUUGAUGGUACUGCAGCUUAUUGGAAUAUUCACUAUUGUGUUUCUUCUCCAUCCAAAUUAAGGCUAAUACAUGAAUGUCUGCCUGUGCCACCUCCAUAUUCUACCCUAACAUUUGGUUUGCAUGUACCGGGAUCCCUUUAUUAACUUUUUUUUUAUUCUUUCCAUGGUCAGUUCUCCUUUCUUCCACCUCAUGAGGUUUAUGCCUUAUCGCCUUACUAUCAAAACCACUGUUCUUGACUGAUGAUCGAUUAAUGACUUCAUACCUACAACCAUAUCUCUCUUGUCUAUUGUUUUUGCUGCUAUGGCUGUCCGUCUCUUCCAUUAACUUAUUACAUUCCAGUUUUUUUACAUUGGUGUUGGAUACUCUGUAGGCCUACAAUUCUGUCUUGCUAUUACACCAUUCUUGGCAAAGAACUCUUUAAAACCUGGUGUAAGUCAAUUCGCCUCCAUCCGCAAGAUCAUUCUACGCAGGGCAAAGAGCUUUUGGCCAAAGACAAAAGGAUCUUCACCAUUCUCUAGACCAAGUUGACUACUCUAUAUUCUGAUGCUGCCUUAAACUGGAGUGCCUCGAAUAUUGCCAAUACUACCAGAAUAGUACCAUGCGUGUUUUCCCUUUAAAAUAUUUGGCUUCUUAAAAAAAUGUUUAAUCCUAUCCUCAGGGAAUCGUUUUGAAACCAUGCUUUUAUAACCUACCAAUAAUCCAUUGAUAAUGUAAAUAUAAGUCAAUUACAGCUGAUUUGUCUUUAUCUUUGGAUUUCCACUGUAUGGUUAGUGGUGUUUUCUGGGGAUAGGUCUGAAAUGGCUGUCUUGGCAUUCUCAAGAUCCUCUUUGGUGUUAAAAGGUCCUACAAAAUUCUGUCUGGUCUUUUAUGCAGCGAAGCGUGUAACUGUGCCAUAAUUGUAAAAGUAGGUUUCAUAGCUAAUGUUUUAAGAGUAAAUAUCACAAAUAUUGUAAAUUAUAAUCCAAAACCUGUAACACAAUUUCUGUAUUUUGUUGAUUUGUCUUUAGGAUCGUAAAGAAGUAUUUCCUUUUUGUGGUUAGGCAAUUUCAAACCAUUUACUGCAAUCAAAAGGCGUAUUAUAUUGUAUAGCCCUAAGCAACUGUCAGUAAUACUUUAGAAUUCUGUGCACUUUUUACUUUUUAAUCAAGUGUAUUUCUGAUCGGUUUAUAUUGUCCACAGAACCCACUUUGAUCACUUGUUUGUUCCCCAAACUUGUGAAUUGUGUGUUCAAACAAAACAAAAAAAAAAACACUACCUGGUUUACUUUAAUGAUGCUUUUUAUUUUAUUUUUAUGGGUUUUGGUCCAUAGCUAAUUAUCCAGACAACUUUCUUCUUUUGUGAGCAAAUGAGAUCAUUUUGUAGCGCGACAAUGCCUCAUUUAACAAAUACUGCUCUGAUCUGUGUUCAUAUGUGAACACUAAUAUUCAUAUGUCUGAGCUACAAGGGAGUCUUAUUUUAUCAUGUGGGAAAGGUCAUGUUGUAACUUAAAAACCAUUUAAGAGAAAGAAAGUGAUGGUAGACUGAACGGAAUUUCAGCUGUAAAUCAACUGCGGGUGUCAGCACUGCUUAACAUGACAUAGUGGCCAAAAUAUUGUCAUCACUCCAAUACAAAUUUUUGUCUAGUAAGCAUAUUCUGUUGAGUGGAAAAAAAAACCUUAGUUAACUUCCAGAGUCUUAUUUUAAGUGCAAGCUGUCAA